AAAUCCAGCCGCGGUCCCCAGGGCAGAGCUCGCGGCAGCGAGCAGCAGGGUGUGCCGGAGGGGAGAGCCAGGGCAGGAAGGGAGGAAGGCGCUGGGCUCGCCUCGGGCUGCGACCUGGGAGCGUCGCCCUCCCUGCCCCAUCCCCGCGGAGCCACCAGGCUGCCGCGGGACCAGGGCUGUGGGAUGCACUUGGGAUGGGGGCCAGCCGAGCCGCUGGGAGCCGCGGCCAAACCCAACCGGCUCGGUGCCGGGAGCGGGGGAGGCCUCGGGACCACCCCGGCGCUGCUCUGGGUGCGUGCGGCCCACGCCUGUGUCACGGGGGAGAAAUGCUCGGCUGCUGCGAGGCGGAGGCAGGCGCGGGGCCAGGCGACAACCUGCCCUCGCUGCGGACACAGUUGCUACAACAGCAGGGGUUGGCUUCAAGGCGGCUGCUGCGCCUUCAGGGACCCAGGUCCGUGCUAGCGGCGUUGCCGGAGGAUGCCUCCAAAGAGCAAAGGGAAGGGGAAAAGAGGAGUGAAGCAGCAGAAAAAGAGAAGCGCAGCAGAAAGCCAAGCUGAAGCGACGUCCAGGAGAGCGGCACCGGAGGCUGACAGCCUGGGAGAGCACCGGGCUCCCUGGAGGGACACGGCCCGGUGGGCGAGGGCGGACAGCGAGGGGCUCCGGCGGAGGCUGCGGGAGCUGGAGCGGGCGCUGGAGCAGGCGCGGGACGACAAGAGAGACAUGCACGAAGAAAUGAGCCGGCACUACCAGGAGCUGCAGAGGCAGACGGCAGCCCACGGCCAGCGCCUGGAGGCGAAGGUGAACAGCCUGCAGGAGCAGCUCGCCACCAGGCUCCAGGAGAGCCAGCGGAGCCACGAGGCUGCCACCAAGGCCCUGGCAGAGCGGGACAGGACCAUCGCCCAGCUGCAGGGCAGGAUGAGCGCCGUGGAGAGGGAGUACGAGCAGAUCCUCCACGUGAGUGGGGACGUUUUUUGGGGUGGCUCCCCCUGGCAGCACCGUUUCCCACCCCCCCCUCACUGUCCUUUCUCCCACCAGGCCAGCCUGGACCUGGUGCUGGCCAAGCUGGCAGGGGCCAGGCAGCGCUGGGAGGAGCAGGGCACGGCCAUCGCGCUGCAGCACAAGCAGCGCCUGCAGGAGUUUGGCCUCAACCCCCUGGAGAUGUAG